ACGGACUUGAUGCUGGUACCGUGAGCGGCAGAUAGAACUGUGUAAACAUUGUAAGUGGAUGCUAUGAAUUUCACCAUGAAAUGCAGAUUACCUACACAAAUCAACAAGAUCCUUCAGCAUCUUCACCAAAUUCUCUGAAGCAAUCGGAGGUUGAUCCACUUCUGCAGGUCUCACAGAACCAAAAGCAGCUCUACUCUAAGCAGUCUGGUGACACAAACACUCGCCCUUCUCCAGCUCAAGGUGAAGCCGUUUCCAGCCGCGUUGUUCCGGGUGCUGCGUUCAACACCACUCCCAUCUAUGAUGCCCAGGGAAGUUUGGUUGGCCUCCAGACUCCGUGCGAAGCAAUCUCGCCAACGGAAGACUCAAUGGCAGAUCAUGGUGGACAAAUAGGCUAUGCCCCUUUACCUCCAAUGUUUCCUUAUUCUAUGACUUCACCGUCAAUAGGAUGUUCUGCGUUUCCCAACUCCUCACUGAAUCAAGCCUUUCCCUCCCAUUCGCAACAACAACAACAACAAUAUGUGCACUAUCAGUCGCAGCCGCAAAAUCAUGAAUUUCAUCCCAAGCCUGUUUUGCUGACAAGCGAAAACGCAAUGAUAUCAGAACAAGGCCAUAAGACUGUAAUCCGAGGUCUUCCGAAACCUACCCAGUCUUUCGAUAGCUGUCCUGCUGUCUGUAGCCUCUUUGCCAUCUUCUGUUGUCCCAUCACCUUGUGGUGUUCUUUACCGGCAUUGGUCUACUCAUUAUGCUCUUACACCGACUAUCGUGCAGCCGAUAUGGACCGAUACCAACGUAAAAGUGACGUGGCCCGGCAUCUAGUCAUUACAGCGUGCAUCAUUGGCCUGUUAUUAUGUAUCACAUGGGCGAUUCUGGCAUUUUUCUACUACGAACUAAUUAUAACUACCAUUGGUGACAUAAUUCGUGUGAUCCAACAUCGCUUUUACACGACUCGUUGA